AUGAAGGUCUGCGCUGUUCUCGCCGCCGUUGCCGUUGGCGCCACUUCCGCCGCCGGCCUCGAGGGCUGGUCGUACACCGGCCUGACGGAGCUCCAGUCCAAGUACGCACGACGCAUCACGGCCCAGGCCAGGAAGGAGGAGCUCGGAGCGCAGGGAUGCCAGGCGGCCAUCGCCACGGCCCUCAUGGAGUCUACACUCAUAAUGCAUGCCAACAGCGCGGUGCCCGGCUCCCUGGCCUUCCACCAUGACCGUCUCGGCUACGACGGAGACUCGGUCGGCCUGUUCCAGCAGCGGGCCUCCAUCUACACCGACCUCGGGUGUAGCAUGAACGCGGCCUGCUCUGCGCACCAGUUCUUCGUCGAGAUGAGGGACGUUCCGGACUGGGAGAGCAUGGAUGUCGGCACUCUUUGCCAGGCCGUGCAGCGCUCGCAGAACCCCGAGCGCUACUACGAAUUUAUUGAUCUGGCUGCUAGCGUUUGCGCGGAAGCCGGUUUGUAA